AUGUUGCACUCUGAACUCUCCACCGCUGCUAACAAGGCAUUCAGUGAUGCUGCUGAUAAGGUUGAACACCUUCUUGUGCGGGCCAGGCAAUUACAACCAGCUGAUCAACAGCACCUGGGCAUCGCGAUGGAGAUGGGUCAGGCACUGCACAGUGAAGAAUUGACCAAGCACUUGGACGACAAUGAAACUGGCUUGAUCAGCUCGCCAGUCUGGUCAAAUAUCCAGGUGGAUGAUCCCCGUAUCAAAGGACACCUGCUGUUCACCUCCACUCUUCAGUAUCAGCAGCUGGCGUCGCCGCCUUCACCCCCAACCGCCGGCCCAUCAAAUUCGAAGAGCCAUCCACCAACUGAUGAGCCUGAAGAACGUGGCCAUGGUGUCUUGUUACUUAAGGGUCUUAUAUAUGAUGCAUAUAUAGUGACAACACAACUAUACAGGAUAAGACUUCUUGCCAGUCCUUAA